AUGGACCCCUUAUCCCUCGCUGCCAGUAUCAUCACGGUGGCUAGCCUUGCAGCCUCUACCUGCUCAGCCAUCUCUGAAUUGCGCUCACUUUGCAAAUGCCUCCCGGGGCGCAUCCAUGCCAUAGGGAACGAGGUGGCCGAUCUCGAGGUCGUUCUUUCACAGGUCGCCGCACUCCUGAAGGAGCGGUCCAAUCUUCUGGGCUCACAGCAGACCAUACGCUCCAUUCCUCAUUUAUUGAUUCAGGCACGACUCAAACUAAACCAACUCGCAUCCAUCGUUGAGCGGCUCACCGCGGCAUCGUCGGAAUACAAGAUCCCCGUUCUCAAAGCCGGCAUAUGGCUCAAAGAACAAGACAUGGUUAAGAUUCGACUUGAUAUACAAGAAAUAUCAUCACUCACCACCAGAUCCUCCAUUCAAUCGACACAAGAGCAUCUUGCUAUGAGCAAAGCUUUUCGCAGAUUGUAUGCUCCGAAGACACCAUCGGUGUUCGUGUUCGACCUUUCAUUGCAACAUGCAACACCGGCUGCCGAUGCUGUUGCCACACUCAGCAGCGUUCUGCAAACGCCAGCAAUUCUACACAAUUUGUUGGGAAGAUUGUUUCUUGGGUAUUCUGGACUACCACUUCGCAGUUCAAAGUGCGACAGCGAAGAAUGCCGCGGUGCUCGUGCCAGGCAAGUCAGCAUGGAAUACUGGUUUCCCAUGUCACUGUGGUCCACCAUCAUCAGACUCCAAAUCGUGACAACCCUCAACGGAGGACCAUCACUGUAUCUCGAUUCUCUCAGAAGAAUACCCGACUCUUCUCAGGCCGUUGAUUUUGCUCAAAAGGGUAACACACGGGGGUUGCAGUAUCUCUUCAAUAAUGGACUUGCUUCCCCACGAGAUGUCAGCACAAGCCGCGGCUACACUCUGCUGAGAUGGGCCUUGUAUGCAAAGCAGUACGAAACCGUCAAGUUUCUUGUUCACGCUGGCGCAGACGCCGAUUACCGACCGAUAUCCGAAUUUGACAAUAGUCCAAGACUCAAGGCGUGUCAUUUUCUGCUGGAAGGUGGGCUAUCUGAGGCGGCAACAGAAGCUAUCAGGACAAUCACACGGGGAAGUUAUUUUCUCGACGACUUCAUCGAGGCGUCCAAGUUUACGCAAAUUCACAAGAUUGUCUUGGGGCUCUCGCUUCAGAUCCUAGAAGAGGAGCUUAUUCGGAACCCUGGGGAUACGAAUGUACAGGACUCCAUGGGACGCACUCCGCUGGCGUGGGCUGCGGCCAAGGGUGAUGUCCAGACAGUGGCCACACUGCUCAGCUUUGGUGCCGACCCCAACAUCAUGGAUGUCCAGAUCUCUGGACCAUUGUCCAAUGCAGCAGCUCAGGGUCAUACUGCAUGCGUCAAACUUCUCCUUGAGGCAGGGGCAGAUCCGGACCCUCUUCCCCCGAAAGGUGUCCAGAAAGGCAGUCCGCUUAGCGUCGCCUCGCGGAACAGCAAGGACGCUACUCUGCUUAAGAGAUUGCUGGAUUUCGGUGCUGAUGUCAACACCCGUACGGUGGAAGGAAAGACGCCACUAUUCAUGCGACAAGGAAUGACAACGCCAGUUUUGCCAUGCUCCUUUUGGAGUACGACACCUCUCACGACGGCAAUUACAUACAACAGCCACAACGUCUUACGUCUCUUUCUCGAUCGAUGGUCAGAAUACAGCGUCUGGCCUCGUCUCAAAGGGCCGAAUCUCAUCAAAAUUGCGGCGUUGUACGGUGACGUGGGAACGAUGGAUAUUCUGGCGAACGCGAGUCACUUUCGGCCAAACCAUGACAAGGAGUAUACACUCGGCAACUUCAAGGCUAUUCUACGUCAAAGAGAGGAUGUUACGGAGGAGCUGGUGUGGGCAUUUGAUGAACUUUUGAGUGUCAUCAAUGCGGCACUGGAUAUGAGGAGGGGUGAGGAGGAUUUGAUGGAGGCUGGAUUCUUUUCUUGCUUGGGUUCGAGGUCGAAUACGUGGGAGGAUGGUUUUUGGAGGAAGGAGGAGGACUCGGAGAGUGAUGAGGAGUCGGUAGAGAGUUUUCAGGAUGCGGUUGAGAAAUUGGAGGUCAUUGCAGCAGCGGAGGUGCGUUAG